AUGACCAGGAGACUUGUACGCACAGGCAUACAGCUUGGAGUGCUAAUCACCAUUGUCUUAUUCCUCGUCCUGUUCCUCGAUAAUAGAUACCGAGUCCUCCCUAAUGCCAUCCACAGCCAUCUGCCUGCGCACCAUCCCGGUUUCGUGGUCACUGACCUGACGGUCGUCACCUGCUCAUCGUUAAACCCUUUCAGCAGAUGUACUGUCGACGGCGAAAACUGGCAUCGAGUUGACAAGGACUUGUAUCUGGGAAAAGGCUUCUUGUCAAAAGCCUACCUCUAUGUCGAAAGACAGCGCGAAGAUGAUUUAAGUCCCCAUGCUGAAGUGGUCACGGAAGUCAAGAUUGGUCGCUUGCAGCCGUCGGUUGUGGACCCAGCUUCAAAGGAUGAAAGAUGGGAGUCCCGUCCCGCCGGGAUAUGGAUUAAGUUGUCUUCAAAACGACACGACAACAUGGUAACAGGAGUUGACGUCCUCUUUGGUCAUGAUGCGGUUGAUCCUCGCUCGAAUUGGGAAGUCCAGGACAUCUCCUUGUUCAUUGAUGCAGAUCGCGAGUCACCCGAACCUCGUCUCACGGUCCGCAAAGGCCCUGCUCUGAAAGUGGAGAGACCCGUCCCUCGAAUACGAAAAGACGGCAAAUUCAAGAUCAUGCAGGCAGCAGAUCUCCAUCUCGCGACGGGCCUGGGGAAAUGUCGCCAUGCACUCCCGGAAGGACAGGAAUGCGAAGCUGAUACGCGCACGCUCGACUUCCUCGCUCGAAUGAUCGAAGACGAGCAACCAGACUUUGUCGUCCUGACUGGCGACCAAGUGAACGGCGACACCGCACCUGACGCUCAAAGCGCGAUCUUUAAAUACUCUGAAAUGUUUGCUCGACAUAAGAUUCCCUACGCAGGCAUAUUCGGUAAUCAUGACGAUGAAGGAAACCUCAACCGCGCCGAAUCAAUGACCAUUAUGGACGGCCUUCCUUACUCCCUCUCCACCGCCGGCCCCGAAGAUGUUGAGGGUGUAGGUAAUUACGUGGUGGAAAUCCUCGGACGGGGCUCUUCCUCUCACUCAGCGCUCACGCUGUACAUGCUCGACACACACUCCUACUCCCCCGAUGAACAACACUAUCAUGGCUACGACUGGCUCAAACAGUCCCAGAUUGACUGGUUCAAGAGCACAUCUCAAUCUCUGAAAAGGAAACAUAAGGAAUACACACAUAUCCACAUGGACCUGGCGUUUAUUCACAUACCCUUACCAGAAUAUCGCAAUCCAGAUAAUUUGGCCUGGGUGGGAAAUUGGACGGAACCACCUACGGCACCAGCCUACAAUUCGAACUUCAAGGAUGCCCUCGUCGAAGAAAACGUUCUCCUCGUUUCUUGCGGCCACGACCAUGUGAACGACUACUGCCUGCCUGCGAAUGACAAGAACAAGAAACCCGCACUAUGGAUGUGUUACGGCGGCGGCGCCGGAUUUGGUGGAUAUGGUGGGUACUACGGAUACCACAGAAGAAUGAGGUUUUUUGAGAUGGACAUGAACGAGGCGCGAAUCACGACGUGGAAACGGCUCGAGUGGGGCGAUGAAGAGACGCUGAAGAGAAGGAUUGAUGAGCAGAUAGUAGUGGAUGGUGGAAAGGUCGUCACAGGCAUGUGA